AGAGAGAGAGAGAGAGAGAGAGAGAGAGAGAGUGUGUGUUUGUGUACUUGAACAUCAUGCUUCUGCAGUUCCGUGCCGUUUUGAGGAAACGCGCGUGCAGAAUCGCUGCUUUUUAGGUGUCUUUCUCAUAUCAGGAAGAGAGAGAGAGAGUCAGUGCGCGAAGCCUCCGGAGACACACACCCACCCCCCACGCAAACACACACACACACACACACACACACGGCGCCUUCACUCGCGCACAAGCCGAGGAGCGAGAGACGCACUGGUGUGUGGUUUGGAGUGCAAACACUCAUCUGAACGCACGAAUCGUGGAUUAUUACGCGAAGAACGCUUGGAAACCAUGAGCUGGGGAACCGAUCUAUGGGAUCAGUUUGAUAACCUGGAAAAGCACACGCAGUGGGGAAUCGACUUUGUUGAAAAAUACACCAAAUUUGUGAAGGAAAGGACUGAGAUCGAGCUUAACUAUGCAAGACAGAUCAGGAAUCUGUCCAAGAAAUACCAGCCUAAGAAGAAAGAAGAAGACGACAAUAAGUACACAUGGUGUCGUGCGUUUCAUUCGACACUAAACGAGCUGAACGAUUACGCCGGACAGCAUGAGGUCAUCGCAGAGAACAUGACGUCACAGAUCAUCGCCGAACUCACGAGAUACGCACAGGAAAUCAAAACAGAGAGGAAAGCGCAUUUCCAUGAUGGACGGAAGGCACAGCAACAUCUCGAAGCCAGCUGGAAACAGCUGGAAGCAUGUAAGAGGAAGUUUGAGCGGGACUGUAAAGAAGCAGAUCGAGCCCAGCAGUACUUUGAGAAGUUGGAUGCAGACAUCAAUGUGACGAAAGCAGACGUGGAGAAGGCACGGCAGCAGGCUCAGAUGAGACACCAGAUGGCUUCUGACAGCAAGAAUGAAUAUUCCUCAUACCUGCAGAAGUUCAACCAGGAACAGAAUGAACAUUAUUACACCAUCAUCCCUAAUAUUUUCCAGAAUAUCCAGGUGAUGGAGGAGAAGAGGAUAGAGCGAAUGGGUGAGUCGCUAAAGACUUUUGCGGAGGUCGACCGACAGAUUCUGCCCAUCAUCGGGAAAUGCCUGGAUGGAAUAACACAAGUGGCCGAGUCCAUCGAACCCAAUAAUGACUCCUCUCAGGUCAUAGAGUCGUAUAAGUCUGGGUUCGAGCCUCCUGGCGAUGUGGAGUUUGAAGACUACGGUCAGGCGAUGAAGAGGACGGUGUCUGAGACCAGCCUUACGAACUCACGCCCGGACAACAGAGCAGACCGUUCCAGCAAGGCCAAGAGCAAAACUCUCUGGCCUUUCAAUAAGAAAAGCAAGCUUAUGUCCCUGUUAACUUCCCCCGUACCUCGCCAGCCCCCCCCUGACCCUCCCUCACCUUCUGCUGUGACCCCUGACCCCUGCCCCACUCCCCAGACCCCCAAACAGUCCAAGGAGCCCCUGUCCCACCGAUUCAACGACCUAAUGACCUCCAAGUCCAAAAUGCACUGCCUCAGGAGCCUCCGGCGCGGGCUCUCUCUAAAGCUGCUCUCACUCAAUGCCCACGUGCGGAACCUUAUUGAGGGCUCAAAUCCUGAGGACUUCAGUCAUCUUCCUCCAGAGCAGAGAAGGAAGAAGCUUCAGGCCAAGAUUGAUGACAUCAAUAAAGACAUCCAGAAAGAGAUGGACCAGAGAGAUGCUUUGACUAAAAUGAAGGAAGUGUACAUAAAGAACCCACAGAUGGGCGAUCCCAACAGCGUGGACCCUCGGUUAGCAGAGAUCGCCCAAAACAUUGAGAAACUGCAGGCAGAGGCUCAGAAAUUUGAGGGCUGGUUAGCAGAGGUCGAAGGAAGGCUGCCAGUAAAGAGUGAACCUCCACGGAGAACGAGUGUCCUGUACGAGACCCAAAACAGCACACCACCCACCACCAACAACAACAACUGCGCACAGGAUAGAGAGAGCAGUCCGGAUGGCAGUUAUACAGAGGAACCGAGUUCUGAGGUCCAGAGUAAAGUCCAGCCCGAAAUGGCGGAGUCUGGAGAUGAAUUUGAUGAUGCAGAUGAAGAAAUGCUACCCACCAUCGGCACCUGCAAAGCCCUGUACCCGUUUGAAGGUGUUAAUGAGGGCACCAUCGCAGUAACGGAGGGUGAGCUCUUGUAUGUAAUAGAGGAAGACAAAGGUGACGGAUGGACGCGUGUUAGAAGAAACGAGGAAGAGGAGGGUUACGUCCCCACAUCCUACGUUGAGGUCUUUCUGGACUCCAACGCCAAAGAUGUGUUUUCCUGGAGAAGGGUUUAUCUUUCUGAGGAUUCGUAAAGUAUGGAAGGAGGACUCAGUGGUGCAGGGCAAACAGCAGCCACAUGUGGGGAAAACUACCGCCUACCCUCCAUGAACCGCCCUAGAGUGAGACAGACACAAAAUAAAGAGAGGAACAGUGAAAGAAGCGAGAGGAAGAGGCUAUAGAGACCUCUCGGCCUAAAUUCUCCUGCUGUAGAGACAAACUUUAACAGCGAGUGUGAGAAAUAUUAUGGCAUUUAGAUUUAUUACCUGUAUUAUUUUAUAAUGAGGUGAAAAUGAUCUGCAUAUAUCAUUUUGCUUUACGGCUCUUCAUCGCUGCUGAACGGCGCUAACAUUUCUUUCAGCCUGUGCGAGUGAGUGAGUGAGUGUAUGUGUGGUUGUCUUUAACAGUCUUGUUUCAGAUUUUCCUCACCUUUCCCGGAACUAAAACCCCGGGAAUGUGGUCUGUAAAAGGAGCAAAAUUUUUGGCACCAUAACAGUGCUGCGUUCCAUUCAUAUUCCUGCUAUAUAUAGCUUGACACUUGAAAGAUUGUGUACACUACUCGUCAAAAGUUGGGAACAAUUACGAUUUGUAAUGUUUUGAAAGAAGUCUGUUCUGCUCGCUAAGGCUGCAUUUAUUCAAAUAAAAAUAUGGUUAAAUUGUGGAAUAUUAUUCCAAUUUAAAAUAACGGUUUGAUUUUUAAGUAUGUUUUAAAAUGUUAUUUAUUCCUGUGAUGCAAAUCUGAAUUUUCAGCAUCAGUAUUCCUUCAGAAAUCAUUCUAAUAUACCGAUUUGCUGCUUAAUUAUGAUUGGUGCUCUGUUAUUAAUACUGGUUCUUAUAAUCAUCAAUGCAAAAAAACUGUUUUUGCUGCUGAAACCUUGAUUUUUAUUCAGGAAUCUUUGAACAGAAAGUUCAAAAGAGAGAAGUCUUUUGUGACGUUAUAAAUAUCUCCUAUCACUUUUACCUCAAACUUUUGAAUUGUAGUAGUGUAUCAUGGUUUCAAAAGACUAUAAAUAUAAAUUACAUUUGAAAAUAUAUUAAAAUAGACAACAGAUAUUUUAAAUAGUUUUUGCUGUAUUUUUGAUCAAAUAAUUCCAGCCUCGGUGAGCCGAAGAGGCUUCUUUCCAAAACAUUAAUAAGUUGUAAUUAUUAUCAACUUUAAGUGUAUAAAGAAACAAAAUGGCAAUGCAAGCAUGUUCUACAGGUGUAUACUUAUCAACAAAUCAUGUUUUACACAGCUAAAAACAUUCAUAUAUAAAUGUAUGAUGUUGGAACUUAAAAUCAUUCAUACAUUUUUUUCUAUAACGUGAAAUGUGAAAAGUUGCAAGCUGGAAUCUUUCUCAAGUUGAAUGGAACGCAGCAUUAAAGUUCUUCAUGAUGUCGCUCCUUCAUCAGGCGAUACCCCUUUAGACCCUUGACUCCACCUCCCAAAGAUAACAGCUGCUGGCCAUUGGUUGCUCACACAGCUGUGGCUUCACUGGCCAAUAGCAUGUCUGCUUGCCCUGGCACCUCCUCUGUCUCCACCCUUCCAGUGCAAUUACUAAUACUGUUUAUCUCUUUGCCAUCUUAUCCAACUCAUUUUUUAUAUAAUUUCCCUUCAGUGAUCCACAUUUCCAUUCAUUUUAUCCAUUAAGACUUCCCGCUUUACCUUAACCGUCCAAUCACCGUGCACAAACGCUGUUUUUGUUUGCCAGGCAAGGGAGGGGCUAUACUCAUGAAUAUGCUAGUGUCCUGUUGAUAUGGGUAUGUAUUUAUAGUGACAGCUUCAAUCUUCAUGGUUUUACCCUGUGGAGCACCCAGCCGAGAACCUCGUGACGUCAUUGGAUUUGCCGGUUUAUAUAUAUAUAUAUGUACUCUGAGCCAAAUGUACAGGUUAACCAGACAUUUAACAUGCAUCAUGUGAGCUAUGAGCGUUUGUAUGGAUCUCUUAACCUGGAGAAUAGACUUGGAAGUUUUUAAUUCAACUGAUUUGUUUCCCUUUUUAAUGUAAUCACUGUUGUUUGGCGAAGAGGUUUUUUUUUUUUUUGUGAAGAGAUUAUAUUUUGUAAUUUCAUCAUCUUCCACUGUUUACUCACAAUCCCUGAGGCACAUAAUUUUAACUUUUCUUUAUGUAUAUAUAUAUAUAUAUAUAUAUAUAUAUAUAUAUAUAUAU